AUGAGGCAAUGUGUGUCUUGCAACACUGUCCUGGCGAAUUUACAGGAAUACUUGGAGCAUGUCAAGCCAGCUGCGAACAAGCAAUGCCCCGCCUGUUCUCUCUCAUUUCAGAUUGAGUGUGAUUAUGAGCUGCACAAGUUGACUGUGCAUACCCACGACCAAGAGAACACAGCGAAGGAAAAUGUGCGGCCAGAAAUUGCAUCUGCUCUACCGGAUAAUGAAGAACCUCUCGAACAGCAAUCCUUCGAAAAAUAUGUCCAAAUGCUUAACUUAGAGUCUUCGACGUCGAGUACAUCGUCUAACGCAAUCACCACAAGUCACCAGGUUCCGCAGAACUUUGCACUUGAUAAUCCAUUUGAUGAUGCUCCGGUUUUGGGUGGAGGAACUAGUAAAAAGCUCCUCAUUUCGACAUUGCUAGGGCAGCCACAUGGUGAUCUAUUGGACCUAAGUCCCGUAUCCACAAAAGCGGAAACCCUUGGGCAAGCAAUUACAGAUUUUCAAGGUGCUUUGAAGAAGCGGAACUCGCAUGAGUCUACCGGUGGGAAAGGUCAGAAUUCAGAGGUUGAGCUCAAGAAGCGGUUUGUUAUUCCACUGGAGACGACGUCGACUGGAUCUCCAGUUUUGCCGGAAUUCACUCCAGGGAGCUCAGAAGCGACAAUGGGGUCCCCUAUUCGGGAUGUUGAAGGAGUUUCAUUGGUAUUGCACAACCAGGAGACGGCAGCCGUGGAGCCAGGCCGAAUUAUCUGCUUUGAAUGCCAAGCAGUCUUCGGCAAUAUCCUCGCGCUCCAUCAGCAUCAGAUGGUGGAGGGUCACAACUAUUGCCAGUGGUGUUUUGCUUUCUUUAUUGACCGCACGAUGCUGCGGAAGCACAAAGACCAAGUACACAACUUCCAGUGUGCAACUUGUGAUUUAAUCCACAUUACCCUGGGGGAUCUCAUGACGCACAAGCAGUUGAAGGGACACUGCUAUUGCAAGCCAUGCAACAGCUAUUUUGAGAAUGUGAACAGUCACAAACAGCAUAUGUCUGUCAUGCAUGAUAAUGCUCACUGUAGCUUGCGACCUCGCCCUGUCAAAGUUGGAGUGGCUGGUGGAAAAUAUAAAUGUACUGUUCAUGGCUGUUCAUUUUCUGCAUACAGUGCUAACACUCUGCGCACCCACCAAGAGCAGGAGAACCACAACUUUUGCCGGCCAUGCAACAAAGCAUUCUGUGAUAGUCUGGCGCUGAAAAAUCAUAAGUCCGGAGGGGGUCGGCAUGCUGAAAACUUGAAUGCAAGAAAGAUAGCGGCUAGUACUUAA